GAGCUGGGGCAGGGGGCCCCUGGCCAGAGAGCAGGACAGAGGCAGCAUGGGCUGUGGCCCCCAGUGGUGACCAGUCCUGCCAUGGGAAACAGUAGUUCCCACCAGAGGACCAAAGUGCCCAAGCAGGCCUGCACGGAGAAGCCAGCAGACAUGGACACGGCCCAGUGGGAACAGCAGUUCUUCAGCUACCUCAAGCGGAAGAAGCCGCGCACCAAGAUCGUGCUGCUUUUCCCCCUGGACAAGGAGGAGCAGCUGGCCGAGGUGGCAGCAGGCCCCAGCGCGCAGCCGGGGAGGCCGGGCGAGGACGUGGUGGGCGCCCGGAUGGGUUCCCGGACGGCAGCGCCCAUGCUGCGAGGAGCGGGCGACGGCGCCGAAGGGCGCGAAGGCGCGCGCGCGAGCGAGAUGAAGAAGAUCCUGGUCCUGCUGCUGCUGCUGGACGCGCGGCUGCAGGAGGAAGGACGGCGCGCGGCGGGCGGGCCCGGGGCCGGCGCGGGGGGCGGGGCCAGGGCCGCUCCCGGGCUCCACGCGCGCCUGCCGGCCGAGAGCCCACCGCAGCGCGAGGCCGCCGCCAGCGAGCAGCCGAGCAAGCGGCGCCGCUGCCCUUGCCCGCGGCCCUGAGCGCCUGGCCCGGCCCCCCGGCCCCAGGGCCCGGCCCAAUAAAGAGCGCAUAGCAACC